AUGGAGAUUCCUCGACCCGCCCCACGCCCCCAAGGCGGCCAUGGCCUGCCCUCUAUAUACAUAGACGACGACAUGCCCUCCAGCUCCUAUCACGAAGACGACCGGCCGCCGCCGCCGUUACCACCUCCGCGCGUGGUUCCCGUCUACGGUCCAAUGUCGGCCGCCGCAGAGGAGUACCGCCGCCGUGAGCUCGAGCCCGUCGAGGAACUGCCCAACUACAAGACCCGGCAAGACAGAGACGAAGGAUACCACUCCAUGGAGUCCCGCAGCCGAGACUCGUUUACGUCUGCCAAGUUCGGCAUGCACCACGACCACUACCAGUUCAAGUCGAGCGCCGACGCCUACGACAAUUCGCUGCUGAAGAAGCUCGACAUGCGCCGCACACUCGACAACCGGUCACCGCCCCGCCUCGGCCGCCUCAGCGCAUCUGCCCGCGACGCAUUGCGCCCGGCCGACCGCUUCCCGGCCCUUCAGCCCCUGUCGCUGCCCACGCGCAUGAAGCAGCCGCACGGCCAGCCGCUCCUCGACUCCCCCAACCGGUAUACCGACACCCCGAUGGUCUCGGCUGUGUCCCCGCGCAGCACACCCUUCAGCCACCGGUACAACAGCAGCGGCUACCGGUCACCGAGAAGCGACAUGCCCGACUACGACCGGUCACCUGUCGGUGCUCGCAACCGUCGAACGAACAGCGGCUCGAUCACCGACGACGCGAGUGUGCACGACCCAAUGGAUGACGACACCAGCUUCACGAUGGAAGAGACGCGGCUACGCGACUUCCACAUCGACACGCCCUUGUCUCGCGCAGCAGGCGACUACCAUGCUGCAGGUCAGAAGCGCCGCGCAUCAUCACCGCCUGGCGGCGACGAGCCGCCCAUGCCACUGUACAACAUGACGUCGAGCGAGCACCUGCGCUGGCGCGAGGGCGCCUCGCGCGGCUCGCCGGCUCCGCGACUCAGCGCCAACACCCAGGACUCCAUCUCCUCCGUCUCCUCGUCGACUCGUACCGGCUCCUACAGCUCCAACCUGUCUGGGGCCGCGACCAGCGUUACCAGCAUGGCCGUGUCUCUGGCAAACGGACAGGGACGCCGGUCACCGAACGGCGGCGUCUCACCCCCGGGCGGCAUGUCUCCGACUGAGACGGCGAACGCGUCCAACUCGGCGAGCACGUGUACAUCGCCGUUCGCGUCCACGGUUCCUCUGCAGGUGUCCCCGCGGUCGGCCGCAUCCGCGUCGCGUCCGCAGCAGGAACGGAUUCGGGAGACUGCGCAUAUUGUGUCGUCGCCCACGCGCCGACUGCCGGACAUGACGAAGUCGACCAGCCUUCUGAAGCGUUCCGAGUUCUUUAUGUGUGAUUGCUGUCCCAAAAAGCCCAAGAAAUUUGACUCCGAGGACCAGCUUCGCGCACACGAAAUGGAGAAGCAAUACGAGUGCAACUACUGCGGCAACCGUUUCAAGAACAAGAACGAGGCCGAGCGGCACCAAAACUCGCUGCACGUCCGGCGGCACAGCUGGUCGUGCGCGGCCCUGUCGAGCUAUGACCGGGCGUUUCACGAGAGCACAUUCCGGCCCGGCGAGGCCGAUACGUGCGGCUACUGCGGCGAGGAGUUUAUGCGCAGCGGGUUUGCCACCGGGCGGACCGACGCACGGCACACGACGGAGCAGGACUGGGACGACCGGAUACGGCAUCUACAGGACGUGCACAAGUUCCGCGAGUGCAAUGCCAGCAAGAAGUUCUUCCGCGCGGACCAUUUCCGCCAGCACCUCAAGCACAGCCACGCAGGCACAAGCGGCAAGUGGACAAACAUGCUCGAGAAUGCAUGCAUGAUGGAAGAAGAGCCACCCCUGCCGAUUCGGUAA